UGUUGGAGAUCAGCAGCGGAGCGGCUUCCUGCUCAGAUGCGCCUCCGCCGGACCGGGAACACCACUCUCCUCCUUCCACUCCUCUUUCUUCACCUCCUUCUCCUCUUUUUCCUCCCCGGAGCGGCCCAGGUUCCGGCUCCGACCCGGUUCUAACCCGGCUCUAACCCGGCUCCCCGCGGCCGCCGCAGGACCGACCCGCUCUGACGCGCAGCCGCGCAUGGAUUUGGAAACUUGGAGUGAACUUGGAGUUUAGUUUUUUGCUUUCUCGGCCGGAUUUGGAUGUGAAAACGGAACCCGGUUCUGUUCAGGAAAAGAGCUCUCUCGCCUUGGCUGGUUCGGCUGGAACCGCCUUCUCCUCCUUCUCCUUCUCCUUCUCCUUCUCCUUCUCCUCAUCAUGACCUCCAGCUAUGCCCACGUCAUGGACCGGCAAGCCGCGGCGGUGCCGAGCCGCCUGGACAGCCACAGCCCCAUCACGUCGAACCUGGAGCAGCUUCAGGCCAAGAAGAACUUCUCCGUGAGCCACCUGCUGGACCUGGAGGAGGCCGGGGAGAUGGCGGGCGGCCAGGCCGACGAGGGCGUGGGGGAGGCCGGCCGGAGCCUGCUGGAGUCCCCGGGGCUGACGAGCGGCAGCGACACCACGCAGCAGGAGAAUGAGCAGAUGAACACGGAGGAGAAGAAGAAGAGGAAGCAGCGCCGGAACCGGACCACGUUCAACAGCAGCCAGCUGCAGGCGCUGGAGCGGGUGUUUGAGAGGACGCACUACCCCGACGCCUUCGUCAGGGAGGACCUGGCCCGCCGGGUCAACCUCACCGAGGCCCGGGUGCAGGUCUGGUUCCAGAACCGGAGGGCCAAGUUCCGCCGGAACGAGCGAGCCAUGCUGGCCAGCAAGAACGCCUCCCUGCUCAAGUCCUACUCCGGGGACGUGACGGCGGUGGAGCAGCCCAUCGUGCCGCGUCCCGCCCCCCGGCCCGACUACAUGUCCUGGGGCAGCGCCGCCCCCUACAGGUACGACCUCCAACCACCAUCACACCCACCCGCUGCUCUGAAGGUCCAUACGGUACCUGUAGGGGGCAGCUCCGACCCCUACAGCGCCAUGGCGACCUACCCGCCCACCUGCUCCAACACCAACACGUCCCAGGGCAUGAACAUGGCCAACAGCAUCGCCAACCUGCGGCUCAAGGCCAAGGAGUACAGCCUGAACCAGGUGCCCACGGUCAACUGAGCGGAGGACGGGUCCGCCGGGGGGACGGGGCGACGGCAGUCCCCUCCCAGCCCCCCGGACGGUGGAGUCGAACCGCCGCCACCAGCCCGUGGACCAGCCGUGGCGGGGUUUCCACCCGCGAGGUGACUUUUCUCCCGUCAUCUGGACGCCGCCGCCGGGUCUCUGCGUAGCUUCACCUUAGUGACUGAUGGGGGGGGCGGCUUCCUGUCAGCGGACUGUUUCACAGACUCGGGCGGCGUGGAACCCCCCCCUCACUUUUCUCUGUGGCGUGGACUGAGUUUCACACGAGCGGGACGGACUCCGGUCACAACCGGCAAAGACUUCCUCAAACAUUUACUCCCUUUUUGUUGUGAUUUUGUUAUUUUCCACAUUUGUUUCCAUGUUAUACCACUGAGAAGCAAACGCCUCCCGGCGCUCCGGUUCCAUGUUAUCGUCCAGUAUACGGCAGGAGCCAUGUAUCCGAACCCACCACCCCUAGAUAAGUUCAUAUGAUAUCUUCUAUUUGUAACAGAAACUUGUAUAUGAAUAAAGAUGCGUUUCAAGCAAAA